UGUUAUAUUUGCUUUGCACGUUGUCAAGUUGUUUCUACUAUUGGACAAUCUCACGACUCUGAAUGCUAUGUGGAGAGUAACGAUGUCGGAAGAGGUUGGGAAAAAGAUGCAAGCGGUGGUGGACCGGGUAAAUUUAGCGGUCACCCGACGCCCAAAGACAUUACCAUGCAUUGCACCGAGGUUAGUUGCUGUGAGUAAAACCAAGCCUCCAGACAUGGUAGUUGAAGCUUAUAAACAUGGCCAACGCAACUUUGGAGAAAACUAUGUAAAUGAGCUUGUGGAAAAAGCCUCUCACCCUCUGAUUUUGACAUCAUGCCCUGAAAUUAAAUGGCACUUCAUUGGACAUCUACAGAAGGGCAAUGUUAAUAAACUCUUGGGUGUUCCAAACCUUUACAUGGUCGAGACAAUUGACUCUGUAAAACUGGCUGACAAACUUAACAGCUCAUGGCAGAAGUUACGAUCAUCUAACACCUGUGGGUUAAAGGUCAUGGUUCAGAUCAACACCAGCGGCGAGGAAAGUAAACAUGGCCUGCAUCCUGAUAAAACUAUUGAUACAGUCAAACACAUUGUGUCUAAUUGUCCUGCACUGGCCUUCUCUGGACUGAUGACUAUUGGUCGUUAUGGUUAUGAUCUCCGUGAAGGCCCCAAUCCGGACUUCCAGGUUCUGCUAAAGCGUCGUGAAGAGGUUUGUGAAAGUCUGAAUCUUCCACUGGAACAGGUUGAGCUCAGUAUGGGCAUGUCCACAGACUUUGAACAUGCAAUUGAGGUUGGCUCCACGAAUAUCCGUGUUGGUAGCACCAUUUUUGGAACACGGGAAUAUCCAAACACUCCUAGUCCCAGCCCAGAAAAAAAGCCAGAGGUUGCAUCUGAGGAGGCAGCAAAGAAGAUGGAACGUCUUACACUAAAAGAGCAUUAAAUAAUACACAAAUGCACUGAAUUGGCAUGAUUUAAGAGAACCGAGCCCAAAGAACAAGACAUAUCUUAACUAUGGACUUGGUUUUCUUAGGAAAGGGUCAGGCCGAAAAGUUGAAGGUAAGUUUCCUCUCGAGUAGACAUACGUUAAUCCAGUUUCAAGCAAUUUUCAUGUUCUGUUUAACAGUAUACUGGAUGAAGUGUUUUAUUUAAAAAAUUUUAAUAGAUAAACACAUUUUGCAUUUCUUAUCUGAACUGUUAACAAAUUAUAGCUUAUGGUCAUUGGAUGAAGUAUAGAUUGCAGUGUUUUCUGUCAGUGGACCACUUUUUUGGUCUCUCAGUAUGACACAAUGCUGACCUAAAAAGAUAGUGUCGACAUAAAUGCACAUGUAUUGUGUAACUAUUUGUCUGUUGCUGUGAAUGUUGUUUUAAAGGAACUGGUGUUUGCUAUUAUUCACAGAAAAGUUGCAUAAACUGAAAAUUGAAAGGGCAAGUUCCAGAGCAAGGGUGGAUGAGUGAUUUUAGAACUCUGACAUUUUGUUAAUUGUGGCUAUGAUAUUUUUAUGGUAAUUUAAUAAAACAAUUUACUGUGUGCAAA